AUGUGUCUAUAUAUAUGGUACCCCGUGUCUCGUCUUCCUCAAGGGUCUAGCUCCAUUCGGUGGGCUUUUUUUCUCUUCAAGUUGAAUAUCUUAGCUCUUAAACCAUUCCUGAGACAUCAAGAUCAUUCACCAAUGGCUGAGAUGAAGCAACUAUACAAGAAUGCUGCAAUCUACACUCCUUCAAAGAGGAAAAGCACUAGGUUUACAAGAAAAUGUGCUUCUCUGGUUAAAGAACAAAGAGCCCGGAUUUAUAUUCUCCGACGCUGCGCCACCAUGCUUCUCUGCUCCUACAUUCAAGAUGAUGAUUAA